ACGACCAUUCUCCGUCAGGCUCAUAGCCUGAGAAGUCAGAGCGCAGGUACUUUCCUCGAUGACUGCGGAAGAUCCGAACGUCAAGAGCGAAGCACUCGCAUAUCUGCGGAGAGAGUCGCUUGACAUUUAUAAUCGUGUGCACUCUAUCGCAGAAGAUUGCGAGUUCGUGAAGGCGGCCUGCAGAGCGUACCCUGACCUGCCCGUGGUUCCGAAUCUGCGCUGUGGAGCGUGGUAUGUCGAUCCAACGAUCGCCAGUGGAGAAGUAGCAUACUUCAAGUCGACGGACGGCCACUUCAAUAAUUGGACCUUCAACCUCCGGAGGCCCAAUGUUCAUCUACUGCCGUUCAUCGUGCAGCACGGCGGCCUGCUCUUGGUAGAUUCGACACGUUCUGGCAAACGAAUGCCAGAUGCGCUGUCAAAAACGGUGCCUAUAUGGUGUGCUGUUGUGAAUCGUGCUAUGUGUAUGCGCCAUGGAAAAGGUGACGAGUGGGACGUGUCUUUGUUCACGUCACCGGCUGCGGUCAGCCGUCAAGAACAUGCCCAGAUUGAAACACAGUUGGAUGAUUGGGCUAGAUUGCUAACCAACUCCUCUUACGACCUUCCUAACCUAACUCACUCCCUGCGACCACUCUGGGUCACCCCCUCGACGUCUUUGUAUCCCCAUCUACCACCACUGUCCGACGGAACGUUUUACCCUGUCGUUUGCAUCUCGGCCUCGAAGCAGAUAGAAGAAGGCUUCGAGAGACGGUCAAACGGCUUCUCGUACAUCCAAGGCUCGGGAGAUGAUCACGAACUGUGGGGCCAGGCAAGCAUUCUUGAUGACAUCUGUGGUCUCACACCGGAUAUGUUCUGGCGGAACAGAGACCGGAUCCUCAACACGGAUCGAUUCUCGCUCCCCGGCCUGAUAGGAGACCUCGUCGCACAACGCGCCGAAAGGUACGGCGACGGCCGAUGCACAGCAGGCCCCACAAAGAUCGCGAAGGUGCAAGGAACGCUGUUGGUAGGAAAGCUAUCAGAUCUGCCACUGCCCCUGCCGCACAGCCUCACGGACAGCGCAGACGGCAUCUCUUACGUGUUGAUAUCAGAGGAGCCGGCAACACAGGCCGUUGAACCAGCCCCCAGGGAUGAUCUACUUAGACUGCAGCUGCCACAGGGGAAGCGCGGCCAGAAAUUAUUCUUGGAGAGCGUGCUCCCGCGCGCGAUGCCGUUUGUAGACUUGCAGUUGUCGCGCGGGAAAGCCGUGUGUAUAUGCUGUGACAGUGGGAAGGAUGCCAGUGUUGGCAUCGCGCUGAUCGUUCUCCAGCUGUUCUUCGACAACGCCGGGCAGUUCCUGCGGCCAGAGGACAGGGGUGGCACAGCUAUCGACAAGAAAUCUAUCAGCACGCGCCUGCAGUGGAUUAUUACCAGUCGGCCACAAGCCAAUCCUGCCAGGGCGACGCUGAAGCGAGUCAACGAGUUUCUCAUGACAUCUCCUGCGUUGCGGGGCAAGUGAGGCGGCGAAGACGCUGUGAUACGUAAAUUCCGUGUCAGCUUGGCGACCGACAGUCGCAGCGGGCACGGUCGGGCAGGUUCGGGCGAUGUUGCGCAGUUACGCAGGCACGCGCAUUACAUCGGCGGGACGAAGUAUCUUAUUAUUGUACUUGAUAGGUACCAUUACAUCGAACAUUGACAGUAUGCAUUCCAUCCGAUCUGUGAUGUAGCAUGCACGGAAGCCCUAUCAGAUCGGGAUGACCUCCAACGUCUUGCUCCAGUCGAUGACUUUCGGGUGUGCCUUCACCUAGCGCGAGGU